AUGGGCCCCGUGGGCAAGAGCCCGUCGUCCCCGCCCGGCCCCGCCGGAGGGCCUUGCCUCCUCCUCCUCUUCUGCCUGCGCCUGGGCGCGUCCUGCCCGCAGAGCUGCCAGUGCCCGGAGCACGCGGGGGCGGUGGCCGUGCACUGCAGCGCCAGGGGCCUGCAGCAGGUCCCCGGGGACAUCCCUGCCGACGCCGUGCUCCUGAAGCUUGACGCCAACAAGAUCGCCCACGUCCCCAACGGGGCCUUCCAGCACCUGCACCAGCUGCGGGAGCUGGACUUGUCCCAGAACAGCAUUGAGACCAUCGGCCCCGCUGCCUUCUCGGGCCUGGCUGGGGGCCUGCGGCUGCUGGACCUGUCUCACAACCGCCUCCGCCGGAUCCCCAGGGACGCCCUGGGCACGCUCAGCGCCAAGGUGCGCCUGUCCCACAACCCCCUGCACUGCGAGUGCGCGCUGCAGGAGGCGCUGUGGGAGCUGAAGCUGGACCCCGAGUCCGCGGCCGAGAUCGCCUGCCACACGGCCGUGCGGGAGGAGUUCGUGGGCAAGCCGCUGAUCCAGGCGCUCGACUCCGGCGUCAGCUUCUGCAGCACGCAGCGCAGGACCACCGACGUGGCCAUGCUGGUCACCAUGUUCGGCUGGUUCGCCAUGGUGAUCGCCUACGUCGUGUACUACGUGCGCCAGAACCAGGAGGAGGCUCGGAAGCACCUGGAGCACCUGAAGUCCCUGCCCAGCGCCCCCGCCUCCAGGGGCCCCGCCGGCCCCGCGCCCUAG